AAAAACUUACGAGGUUACUAAUAAAACAAGAAACAAAUAAAAAAAAAUUGCAGAAAAAAGAAAAGAGAAAAAACAAAACAAAAAAACUUAAAGACGGCAAGCUAAAGUUUGACAGCAUGAAAAAUGUGCUGCUACUAAUCAUAUUUUAUUGUGGAGUUAAAUCAGCAUUCUUGGCUUGUACAAAUGAUACAUCAACAGACUUUGGGUUAACAUCAAGUGGUUAUCAUGUGGAGUCUCUAAUCUCAUGCGUUACUACAUGUAAUUUAUACCCUCCAGGAGUUUUUUCUUAUGCUUUUUUUCUUGAAGGUUAUCUUUGUUUUUGCAGAAAUGCUUCUUAUCCACAAUUAAAUGUAUCUAACUUCAACAGUCCUUGUGUUAAAAGUACAUGUUUAGAUAAUAACAAUGGUUCGGAUUGUUCUUUAAGUAGCUAUGAAGUUUUGCUGCUCUCAUUAGGUAUUGUUGAAUGGAGCAUUUCUUAUAACCCUAUGGUUGCACUUGUUGAUAAUGAAGUUCAAAUAAACACUAGUAUAUCAAUAGGUGAUGCAUCAAGUGCUUUUGUAAUACCAAUUCCUAAUGACUUACCAACAAGCAUUCAAAAUGUUAAUGGUAUGACAGUUAAUAGAAUUUUUUAUUUACCUGGUUUAAAAAUAUGGUCUCAAGAAAUCGGGAAUAACUUUAGUGACCCAUUUGUUACUACAACCUUGAUACAAAUUGAUGAAAAAGUUGGUGGUAUUUGCAUAAUUCCAUCCAUGGUUCAAGUUAAUGGUUUCUAUAACUUCUUUUUGGUUAUUACAGAAGGAACAAACACAAGUGUUACUAUCUUCCUGCCAAUGAAUAGAACUUUAUUUUUUCAUGCAGAUAUUGUUCGUUUAACAUACGGAUUUGAUAUCAAUUUUAUCGAUGAAGAAACCUUAAAUGUUUGUUUACCUGGAGUGGUUUUUAAAUAUUUUGUUUUAACAUAUGGUCGUUUAACAAAAUUAAAGCUGAAUGUUUUUCGAAAAGGAACUCUAAGAAUUGCUAUUUUGAGACCAGAAUGCAGUAAUUUUUCAUCUUUCUGUGGGUCUUCAAUGAAUUGCACAAAAAAUUGCCUUUUAAAAAUAUUAUUGGGAAAUCAAACAGAUCAGCUAAAUAACCAAACAGCUAUUAAUGCUUUGGUUGUAAAAAACUUUUGGUUUUUGAUAAAUGAUACUGGAAUUAUUGAGAUACCAAUUCACAACCGUGAUAAUGAUGUUCAAGAAAAUGACAUGAUAUGGAUUGGUGGAGAUGUUGGUUUGUUUUGUAACAGUACAAAUUAUGAUGUGAUUAGGGGUGGAAUACAGAUCGGAAAAACUAUUACAAUUUCUAUUAAUGGAAUUACUAAUAAUGGUUGGCAUAUAUCUUUUUUUAUAUCAAAGCCAUUUGAAUACAUGUUACAAGUGCCAUCAAGUACAGUGGGUUUGUUUAAUUUCACAGUUGAUGCUUUUAAUCAUAUUACACCUUCAAAACCAAUAAAUUUCUUUUAUAGUUUCCAGGUUCCUGUUACAAAUCUACAUUUUGUACCUUCAAAACCAUAUAAUUCUUCUAUUGCAGGAUACAUGUUUAAUAGUUAUAUACAUUUACAAGCUGCAAUAGACAAUGGAACAGAUGUUACAUAUAUGUUUUAUAUACCAGGACUUAAUUAUUCUCAAAAUUCAAGUGAUUUUAACUGUGAAGUUCCAGCUAUAUCUUUUGGUAUUUUCACCGUAUUUUUGACAGCAGCAAAUAAAAUAAGCUCACUGAGUACUUCAAUUAAUAUUGCAGUUUUGUCUCAAAUUAAAAGUUUAAAUUUAUUUGUUGAAAAAAAAAUUUUGCGAAAGGAUGUUACUUUUUAUGCGACUAUUACCAUACUUAAUGGAAAUAAUUUAAAAUUGACAAUUGAUUUUGGUGAUGGAACCGUUUAUUCUUUAUCUAACAUUGAUGCCACUGGUGCUAAUGGAUUCACAUUGGUUGUCAAUCAUACAUAUAAUGUGUGCACCAAUUUUACAAUUUUUGCUUCUGCAUCAAACAAUAUUUUAAUAAGAGAUAUCAUUGGCAAGACAUUGUCUAGCACCACUAAUGUAUCAGUAUUUUGUCCACCAUCAGUUUUAAAUGUAAUAACUACACCCAUUAUUUCACAAAAUGGAUAUGUUUUGUUAUCCAUCAAUAAUUAUUUAAUACUUAAUAUAUAUCAAAAUACAGGAUCAUUUUUGCUAUACUCAAUUGAUUGGGGUGAUGGUAGCAAUAUCGCCUACAAUAAUCAGACUAUGAAUUCAAAUCCUGUUUCAUUCCAAGUGCAGCAUAUUUAUAUGAUGGAGAAUGUAUAUAGUGUUUCUAUAAUAUCUAAGAAUUUAUUGUAUGAUACAAGCAGAAUAAUUAAUGUGAUGGUAAAAAAAUGUACUGUGCCACCAAUUAGUUUUUAUUAUGGAACAUAUUCAAGUCCAGUGACUAUUUUUAGAAGUGUUGGAGCAGAUUUAACUGGUGUUGUAGCAACUAUUGAUCCUUUAUGUAAAAAUGAUAGUUUUACUAUUCAGUGGCAUCUAACCAAUUUAGUUUCAAAACCUAAAGUAACGAAUGGUAUUCAAGUCCAGCAAAAAAUUAUUUACACAGUUGGAAAAAAUUUAUUUGACUUUGGUCUUUACAAUUUGUCAUUGGUUUAUAAUUAUGGGAUUUAUAGUAGUAUUUAUACUGCAUACUUUAACAUUACGUAUUUACCUUUGUAUAUAAAUAUUGAGAAAGGAUUUUUUAACUCUGUUGCAUACAAGAAAAAAAUAGGAAAUGAUAGUUUUCAUCAAAACUUUACAAUAAGUGUAAGUUCUUGUUAUGACCCUGAUGAUCCAAUGAUUGGAAUUCAAGAUAUCACUUUUAUGUGGAGAUGUAAAAUUGCAUCGAAUUUUGCUAAUGCUUUGGAAGUCAUGGGAAAUUUUACACUUUUGAAUUUGACAUACAAAAGUGAUACAUGUUUUAGUCAAACAUGGAUGGAUAUUUCUUCUAAAACUAGCAUGAAUUUCAGUACACAACAAUUUUUAGAAGGUUUGAGUUAUCAUUUUGAAGUUUGUGGAACAAAGUAUGCAGGAAAAGAUAUUUACUCAAACAUUAUAUUCAAAAGUAGCUGUUUCAUUCAAGAAGUUUUAAUCAUCUCUCAAGGUUUACCAACUAUUUCUGUUAAAUGUGUAUCCAACUGUGAUGAAAAACUGAAUUUUAUGGAUCGUGUCAUAUAUUCUUUUGAUUGUGAGGAUUGCGGGUUUCAAAGACUUAUAGGAGUUUGGACCAUUAAUGACAAUACUGGGAAAGUUCCUCCUGAGCUAGAAGUUCACAAUGCUACAACUACAGGUUUUCGACUUCCCAGUCUUGUAAUAAACAGAAACAUUUUACUUGAGAAAAAAGCCUACACAUUUUCCUUAGAAGUUGGUUAUGCAGAUUCUUUAAAAAGAAUAAAGUUUAGGUUCACUAAGUCUACAUGUUCACAGCCAACUCCGGGGUUUUGUUAUGUUUAUCCAACUGAAGGAUAUAUUCUUGAAACAAAGUUUAAAAUUGUUUGUAGUGAUUGGACUGAUUCAGAUCAGUUGCUAAGCUACACUUUUUAUUAUGAUGAUGGUAAGAUUCAGCAUAUAAAUGUUAGUAGUACGUCUAAUCUUGAUUAUCCUAAAUUAAAUGCAGCAUCUACUGAUCAACAAAGUUUAAUUAACUUUAUGAUGGGUCCUGGCGACCCAAACAAUGAUUAUAAAAUCAAAAUUCUUAUAAAAGUGACUGGUAAAUACCAAGCAUAUACAGAAUACAACCAACUUUUUAUCAAUGUACGUCCUAAUAAUAAACUUGUAAAUGUGACAGACUUGGUUAAUGGUAUCAAUAUGAAUGAUACACAAAGUGUUGCUAAUAUUGUUCAAGCCAUAAGCACUACUGUAAAUAUAAAUUCAGCAAGUUUUUAUAACAACAUGCCAUUUCCUUCAAAUGAAUUUUCUGGUAUGGUUGAUAAUGAUGUCGUACUUUUAAAAAAGCAGCAAGAAUUAUCUAAUUUGCAAAAUUUACGCACAAUUGUAAUUGAUUUACUCGGUAAUACAACUAUCAAUGAUUUGAGUUCUUUUAAAUCCAUUGGGGAUGCAUUGGCUAUAUCUUCACAAAAUCCCAUGGAAUUAAUUCCCCGAACUCAGCAACAAGCUUCAAACAUUGUUACAAGAAUGGCAAAACUUCUCACUCCAGAUAAUCUCAAAAGCAUUGGAGCAGACCAAUUUGACAUCAUUACUCAAUCAUUUCUCAAAUCAAUUUCCAAUUUACUUCAAACAAGUUUGAAACAAAGUUUAAUAAAUGAAUUAGGUGGUUUUAAUGUGGAAUUUCUCAAUCUUGGUCUUCUCACCCAACAAAAAGAAAUAUCAAAUUAUGUUGAAGGAAAUAUGGCAUUAGAGUUGUUGAAAUCUUUGGAUAACCAUCUCUUAGCAGCACAGUUUUACAAAGUACCAGGGGAAAAUGCAACUCUGGGUGAAACAAAUCAGUUUAAAUUUGUACUAAGAAAAGAGUUUGCAACUGAAUUAAGCAACACAUCAUUUGGUUCUACUGAUGAUGGCGGUUUUAAUCUUCCAGAUUUUCAAGAUAUGUUUAAUGUGUCGAUGAAAAACCCACUGAUCUUAGCUAAUAAUGUUAGAAUGAAAGAUCUUGUUUACACAUUGGACACAAAUCGGUCCCAAUACAUUCUUUCUGAAACUCAAAGUCUUUCUUUUACUGGUCUUGAUGGUUUAUUAAUAAAAGUGAAAAAUACCUUAAAACCAAUCAACAUAACUAUUAAAAAUAUUCCUGAAAAAAUGAAUGGGAGAAAUAUAUCUUUAUCAAUGCCUGAUGAUGUAUACCUAGUAAGUCUACCAAUAACAUCACAUUGUAACAUGCUUCUAAAGAUUGUAUUUAAAAAUGAUCCAAAUAAUUUAACAAAUCUUAUUGUUUACAUUCAAUAUGGAAAAAUUGCAUCAAAACUUGAUUAUGAUAUAAUGCUGAAUAUUUCUGCUAGACAUGGUGUUGUCAUAACAAAAAAUACUUUUGCAGCAACAAGCAACAUUAGUCUCACUCCUAAAAAUGUGAAUAGUAAUAUGAGUGAGAAAAGUGAAAGCUUUUCUGGAACUUUUAAAAGAAAUCAAGAUGCUCGUCUUCUUGAUGAUGGGUCUCUAUUAUUAUGGAACUUUAUGUACUCAACCUAUGCAUUUACAAAUAAAAGUGAGUUGAAUUUCUUAUUUUCAUAUGCUGGUCCAAUGCCUGCUAAAAAUCAUGUUGAGAAUCCAUACACUUAUGAUGAGGCAGAGUCAUUAGGAUCAUAUGACUAUGAAAUAAAAUCAUUUUGUACAGAAUGUAAUUACUGGAAUGAUGAUGAAAAGAAGUGGAUGACUGAUGGGUGUGAGCUUGAUGUUCUCAGUACCAGUUUUCUUUUUACAAACUGCAAAUGCAAUCAUCUAACUGCUUUUGGUGGAUUUUUUGUUUCUCCAAAUCCUUUACCAAAACUAAGUUUAGCUUUAAUCAAAAAAGGAUAUGUUCUACUUGUAACAGAUGUCAUAAUUAUUUUAUUAUGGAUUAUUGGAUUGGUAUUGAGCAGGAGAAUGGAUAAAAGAGAUGUUUCAAAGGUUGGUGUUUGCCCACUUCUUGAUAAUUUGCCUGGAGAUAAUUACUUAUAUCAAAUAAUAGUAAAUACUGGUAAUCGGAGAAACGCUGGCACUAAAUCUAAAAUUUUUUUUACUAUCACUGGUGAAAAUAAUGAUAGUGGAAUUAGACGUUUAAAAGAUUCUGAGAGAGAAUGUUUUCAAAGAUCAAGCUGUGACAUGUUUAUAAUGACAACAAACAGUUCUCUUGGUGAUUUAGAUUAUAUAAGACUUUGGCAUGAUAAUAGUGGUGGCGGUUGGUAUCUAAAAGACAUUGUAGUUGUUGACCUUCAAACUGAAGAACAGUUUCUUUUUAUUGGUCAUCGUUGGAUUGCCAUAGAUCAGGGAUCAUGUUUGUUAGACUGCAUUAUACCAGUAGCAUCUACUGAAGAAUCUACAAAUUUUACUUAUGUUUUUACAUCUAAAGCAGAAAAUAAUCUUUCUGAUGAACAUUUAUGGUUUUCAAUUUUUGCUCGUCCACCUAAAAGUUCAUUUACCAGGUGUCAAAGAUUGACUGUUGCUGUUUCUCUGCUUCUGACUUCGAUGAUGGUAAGCUCAAUGUACUAUGGAAAGGUAGAUGAACGCCCAGAUCCAAAAGCAGAAAAUAAAAGUGUUUUUUUUUUCAAUAAAACACAGAUAUUUGUGGUAUUGAUUUCUACUCUCAUCAAAUUGCCUAUACACCUCUUGUUCUUGAAACUUUUUCGUUCAAUAAGACCAUUUGAAAAUUUAAUACCUGAUAAGUCUAGCAAAAGUUUAUCGUUUGAUGAAAGAAAUACAGAACAAGAACAUGAAGACAACAAUGUAAAUUCAAGCAAAGAAGCAUUACACAUUGUUAUAAACAAAGACAAACCAUUAAUAAAAAAUAGAAAAAAAAGGUUUUUACCACAUUGGUGUUUACACAUUGCAUGGUUUCUUUGCAUUUGCAAUAUUUUAGUUUGCAGCUUUUUUGUUAUGUGGUAUGGAGUCAAAUUUGGAAAUAAAACAUCAUUGAAUUGGCUAGCAAGUAUUACUAUUGAUUUUACUAAAGAGAUAUUUUUAACUGAGCCAAUUAAAAUAUUUUUAUUGGCUAUUUUUGUUGCUCUUGUUGUCAAAAAUGUUCAUGAAGAAAAUGAGUUUGAAAGUAAAGGUAAAAUGUUGGCUCUUGAUGAAAGUUGGCUUCACAAACCAAAAAAUGAAGCAUCUAUUUUUGAAAGACCAGAUAUUGAAAUAAAUCCUCUUGAUUCGUCAACAUUAGCAAAUAUGAGAGAUUUAAGAUUUAAAAACUUAAAAAUGGCUGCUAUAACACAAGAGUUAGUUUUGUACACUUUUUAUGCAGUUUUGGUAUUGUUGAUUGGUUUUUCAACACGGGAAAAUGUCGCUUUUUGGCAAACUCGCAACAUUCAAAAUCUUUUUAACCUUGUACUUAGAGAGGUUCCACGGCCGAAAGAUUAUGUUAACAUUUACAACCAGAUUCAAUCAUCAAAAGAUUUUUGGCCUUGGAUGGAAGAAUUUUUUAUACCUCAAGUUUUUCCUGAAAAGUGGUAUAACUUAAGUGGUUAUUAUGCAAACACAGAAAAGAAAGAUUUUCCUGGAAAAUUGUUUUUAAAUGAUCUUAAUUCGAAGAUUGUGAAUGGGAUUAGAAUUAGACAAGUUCGUGUACAGCCAAAUUCAUGUAUGAAAACUAACUUAGUUGUUAAGUUUAUUAAAAUAGACUGUUUGUCUCCAUAUCAAAUAUCUUUUGAAGAAAGAAGAAGUUUCAAUUUAAAUUGGACAAUUCCAAUGUUAUAUAAUUCUCCCAAAAAUCCAACAACAAUGCCUUGGAGGUAUCAAAGUUGGCAAGAACUUGAUGGGUAUCCAUAUGCAGCAGGUUUAGAAACUUACUAUGGUGGAGGAUAUGUAGUAGAAAUUUUUCCAAAAUGGAAAAAUCAGGCUAUACUAGAUCAAGUAAGAAAAUUCAGAUGGAUUGAUAGACAAACACGAGCUGUAAUAAUCGAGUUUGCUUUGUUUAACCCUGCCACUAAUUAUUUUAGCAUGGUUACAAUGGCCUUGGAAUUCCCUGCUUCUGGAGGAGCUGUUCCUAAUUAUUCUGUACUUACAUUUAAGCUGUAUGCAUCGGUGACAGGAUCAAAAAUUAUGUUGGGUUCCCAUAUUCUUUUUAUCUUAAUAACCAUACUGUUUUCUUUCAGAGAAUGUCGUUUUUUAUAUAGAACUGGUUGUAAAUAUUUUCUUGAGUUUUGGAACUUAGUGGAGGUUGCAUUGAUACUGUUAUCACUUGUAGCAGUUGGAUUUUUCUUUUAUAAAGAUCAUCUGGCUAAGGUUUUGUUACAAAGAAUACCAUAUAAAAAACCGCAGUCCUUUAUUAAUUUUCAGUUUGCUUCAUAUUGGGAUCUGACAUAUGUUUACAUUGUAUCACUCAUAGUUUUUUUUGUAACUUUGAAGUUCAUCAAACUCUUGCGGUUUAAUCAACGUGUCUCAAUGCUAUCUUCGACUUUAAAAGUUGCAUGGUAUCCUUUAUCGAUGUUUGGAAUAAUCUUUUCUAUUAUUUUGUGUUCUGUUGUAUCUACAUCUAACAUUGUGUUUGGCUCCCUGCUAGACGGAUACCAAACCUAUUUUAAAUCAUUAGCUUCUAUUAUUUCACUCUUAUUGGGAAAGUUUAGUUACAGAUUGUUUGAAAAUGCUAAUUCUGUUCUUGGACCGAUCUUCUUUUUUGGGUUUAAUGCCAUUGUAAUUUGGAUUGUUAUGAACAUUUUUAUAUCAAUCUUAAAUGAUGCAUUCACAGUAGUUCGUGCAAAUCUUCAGUUCCAGACUAACGAUUAUGAGAUUGUUGAUUUUAUGAUUGUGCAAUUUAAAGACUGGCUUGGAUUACAUACUUCGAAGCAAGCAAUAACAAACAACCAAUAUCACAAUAUUGAAAAAUCAGAAAGCAAUGAUUGUUUACCGAUAUCAUUGAAAAAAAAGUUAAGAAAAAGUCAAACUUUUGAAUAUAGCGAAGUUAGCAAAACGAUUCACUCAGCUGAAUUAGGUAGCUCAAUCAAUGAUCGUAUUUCAAAACUUUCUAAAUAUGAUUAUUUAUUGAAAGAAUCUGAUCUUAGCUCAAACGAGUUGGUUGAUAAAUUCAUCAGCUGUAUGAAUUUUGUCUACGAAUCAACAAAUAAUAAAAACAAAGUUAUAUAUUUUGACAUUAAAGAUUAAAGAACAAUCAAAUUUA